CUCCAGCCCACUCCCUGCCCUCAGGGGGCUCCUCUAAAAAAGUUGUGAUAUUUUUUUCCCAGUAGCUGCUCUGCUGAAGAGUUUUGCAUCAUUUCCAGGCGAAGGGGAGGUUUUUAUGGCAGUGCCCACCCCACUGCCAGCCAGGAGCCGGGAAACAGGAAACCCUUCUCUGCCCCUGUCCCCCACGGCAGACAAAGCCUCGCUGUUGGUCAGAGGACGUUUGGUGAAGCCAGAAGGCUCCUGUGCCUGGAUGCCACCCUGCUGUGAGUUCACAGGACAAACCCAGACCCCGAGGCUUUCUACGUGAACUGAGGAGUAGAGAAAGGAUGUUUGCCCUCAUCCGAGUGCAUGCGAAGUCCUGACGUGGUACAAGUUUGGCUCAAUUAAACAAACAGUUUGGCCUUGCUCCCCACCCCAGGGUAUGUCACAGGAGGAAAACCAUCUACAAAACAGUUUGCCUCUCCUUCUUGCUGGGGGUCACGGUGACAGUGCUGCAGCGGGGAAUGGCCCCCAGCCAGUUCAUGCAGGGCCAGCAGCAGAAAGAGCUGCCCCCUCUGGAGCCCUUGAAAACGCAGAAGAGAGACAACUCCUUCUCUCUCACCGACGCUUUCUGGAAGAGCAAGAAGGAGAGGGAUCCUGAGCAGGAGGAGGAGAGCGUGACAGCAAAGCAGGCAAAAGCCUGGGAUGUCACCACUACCAAUUGCUCAGCCAACCAGAACUUCAGCAAGGUGGAGUGGUUCAAAGGGCUGGAGCCCAACUUCCAGCAGUUCCUGCUCUACCGGCACUGCCGCUACUUCCCCAUGCUGAUCAACCACCCCGAGAAGUGCGGUGGAGAUGUCUACCUGCUCAUCGUGGUCAAGUCCAUCAUCACGCAGCACGACCGCCGCGAGGCCAUCCGCAAGACCUGGGGCCAGGAGAAGGAGGUGGAGGGCAAGAGGAUCAGGACGUUGUUCCUGCUGGGCACGGCCUCCAAGGAGGAGGAGAAAGCCAACUACCAGAAGCUGCUGGACUACGAGAACCGCAUCUACGGAGACAUCUUGCAGUGGGAUUUCCUGGACAGCUUCUUCAACCUCACCCUCAAAGAGGUCCAUUUCCUGAAGUGGAUGAACAUCUACUGCGACCACGUCCGCUUCAUCUUCAAAGGUGAUGAUGAUGUGUUUGUGAGCCCCAGCAACAUCCUGGAGUUCCUGGAGGACAAGAAGGAGGGAGAGGACCUCUUCGUGGGGGAUGUCCUUUACAAGGCCAAGCCGAUCCGGAAGAAGGAGAACAAGUACUACAUCCCCAAUGCCCUCUACAACAAAAACAUCUACCCACCCUAUGCAGGGGGUGGGGGCUUCAUCAUGGAUGGACCCCUUGCCAGGAAGCUGCACAAGACCUCAGAGACACUGGAGCUGUACCCCAUCGAUGAUGUCUUCCUAGGGAUGUGCCUGGAGGUCCUUAAAGUAUCACCCGUGGGGCACGAGGGUUUCAAAACCUUUGGCAUUGUAAAGAACAAGAACAGCAAGAUGAACAAGGAGCCCUGUUUUUUCCGGAGUAUGUUGGUGGUUCAUAAACUGCUGCCUCCAGAGCUGCUGAAAAUGUGGGACUUGGUCCAUAGUAACUUGACAUGCUCCAGAAAACUCAAUGUCCUUUAGCUCAGCCUCUCUGGAGAACUGGGACUGCAGAGGCUGGGACAAUAGAUUCCUGCUUUGGGAUGGGGCGAGCCUCUGCUGGUGGAAGACAAGUCCUUCAGGGGCAUCUCCCUCCGGGGCAAGGAGGUUGCCUUGGACAGGGUUUGUGAUAACGUUUGCUCCUGUACUGUAAUGUGGUUCACCUAUCUCCAGCUGGGUUGGGGGUUGCAAAGAAAGAAAAAAGAAACAAAAAACAACUCAACAAAUCCAGCACAAAAUGAAGACAGAGAGAAAAGGCAGAGGGGGUUGUGCUCGGCUUCAGGUACCACCUCCACUAGAGCAUCAUGAAGGACGGGGUUGGGGGAGGCAGUGAAGGAUGUGGCACAGGCUUUUCUUGGAGUUGUUCAGGGUCCAGCUAUUCAGGGAAGCUGCUCCAAGGGAGCUGAGCAGUUUACAAGUGCAUGAGACCCCCUGACCCAAGUGUCUCGGGGAUUUUAUUUGCUGUCUCAAUGUUUUCCUCUGUGUAGGGUUUUACUGACAUUGACCCUCUGUGCUUUGAGUUGCCACCCACCGAAGUCCUCUCUGUGUGCCCACUACACAGCUGGGCAAAGGGGCUUUCCUCCGAGGCUGGACCUCGCCGGCCCUGAGCCCUCGUUAGGGUCUCAGCCAGGUGGUUGUGUGUCUGGGGUCUCUGACCCUGAUGGUGGCUCCCAGCACCAGCCUGGGCUGUGCUUGUCUUUCCAGCCCUUCUGCCUGCCUUGGAGGAAUGCACCCAGUCAAAAUUGCUCAGGGAUUUGUUCCUUCUGGCAGGAAAGGGAAGGGAUGAGGUGGGCUGUCUUUGCCUCCAGCCAAGGAAGUGGCAUAGAAACCCUGUCAGCCCCAGCAGGAGCAUCCCAGGGGCUUACCACACCUGAGAACUCAGCUUUGGUUUCAGACGUUCCAGGGCUUGCCUCUGAGGGUGACAACAGCCCCCAAAGACCACUUCUACCUAGGCCCUGGUUUUGCACUGAAUGUGAUGUGUGAGGGCAGGUUGGAGAGGAACAACCCUGCCCCAGCAUAUGCAGUAGAGUCCAUGGGCACAAGGUGAAGGAGGCUGUCUGGUGUUUCAGACCUCUGAGGACUGUUUAUUCUACAGGAUGAGGCCCAGAAGCACAACAGGGAGCAGUCUUACAAGACACAACCUUUUUUGGGGGGCUGAAAGGGCCACUGGAGCUGUCGAGGGGAACUCCAAGCCAGCUGUCGUGAUUGAGCACAUCCCCAGCCCCUGACACAGAGAGGCACACGGGGCAGGGGCCACAGUAGCUUUCCAGCCACCGACUGCAGGCGUGAGCAAAGCCACAGGCGUGAGCAAAGCCACCCUUGUGCACAGGCACUGCUGUGCCCAGGCCCUGCUAUAGGCACUGUGCACAGAGAUGUCCCCACCUGCAGGUGUCCCUGCCUGUGAGUGGACACAGCCCAGCCACAUCCAUCACCCUGACCACGCACAAACCCAGGCACAUGCUCGCUCGCUCCCUCGCUCUCCCUCUCUGGUGCCAGACAUUGAAAGGAAAAAAUUUCUACUACCUCAAAGGUCCCCCUGUGCAUUUCCUUUUUUUUUUUUUUUUUUUUUUUCCCCUUUCCUUUUCUUAAUGUGCUUUGGAAGUGGGCCUGUUACAUUUGCUCCAAGUCUGUAUGGUCCCCAGGUUGGAAGACAAACAAAAAGAAAGGCACAAAGCAGCCAAAACAGGCACCCUCGGCGCCAAGCCGCACCACUGCUCAGCAAGUGGCCCUCAAACGCUCGGACUAGAUGCAGAGUUGGAGAGGAGAAAGGUCCCUUUGAUGCCCAGGGAUCAGCCCUCGGUACCAGGCGAUACUGUGAAAUGUGCUUUCUGCCACCCAGCAGCACCAUGUCCUUGGGGCAGCUGCCAGCAGAGCCCGGGGGGCAUUUCCAGUGCCUGCUGGGCUGUGGGCAGCACACAACACUCCUUUGCUUUUCCCCUCCCUCCUUCCUCUGGGAGUGAGUUCAGAAAUGCUUUCCAAAUUGACACCUCUGUAAUUUAUGUCAGGUACAGUACAUUAAGUAUCCUUAUGCUGUGUGCAGGGACAGCUCUGGCUCUCUGUAGCAAGCCUUAUGGAGAGCCAGAGCUGCGUGCACAGAAUCUCUCAGUGUUGCUCUUCACCUGGUGGGACCUGUACAGAGAAACUCUGUAGAUUUGGUGAAUAUUCUACUUUCCAAAUAAAGGUUUGAAGAAGAAGAUGACAAAAACCAAAACAAAAUGAAA